GGAAGGCACCGAGUGAACCAUGGACGUCGGGAAAACCAGCGUAGCAGUUUGGGCUCAAGCCACAUUUGCUCACGUGAUGUUGGCUUCAAGCUUCGCAGCGCAGGGGCGGGUGCCAGGUGUGCAGAUGAACUUGCAGAGCCUCCGUCUGCUGUCCUUCCCCAGCUUCGUCCUCCUGAGCAUCACAGCUGGUCUGUCUGUCGAUGAGGACGACGAGUACUUGUCCAAGUUGCGCCAUGGCGUAGAAACCGCACUGCGUGCGGUGCCGUUCGACCGCGAGGCCCAAGGAGGGCUGGGGGCCUUCAACGUAGACUGGGCAGUGGCGCACGAUGGACGAGUCAGCCUUGCUGCUGCUGUUAGGGCGAAGCCAACAGACGUGAGGGCAAGAGCUGCUUACGGUGCCUUCCUCGCGGCCUUCACCGAGAACGACAGCGCCUCGGCAGCAGAGCUCACGGCUGCCCUGGCCAUUGAGCCAGACAACUACAUGGCACUGCUGGCGCUGGGACUCCUGCAGGGCAACGUCCACGCUCUGGAGGAAGCCGCGCGACUUCACCCCGAGCAAGCUGAGCCACUGCUGGCGAUUGGCUCGCAUGCAGGUCCUGGCAGCUCGGGCCUCGUGAGCGUCGCCGAGGGCGCUGCCGCGCUGCGGCGCGCCAUCUCGGUGAGGCCGCGGAGCCGCCUGGUGGUCGGCCUGGCAGGGGAAGGCCUCCGGCGUCUGGGAUUCGAGGAGGAAGCAGCUCAAGCCUUCAAGCUGGCUGUGGAGCGAGGAGUUUGGCAUCAUCCUCUGCAGAGACCCAAGCAUGCCUUCUGGCCGGCCUUGCCGUCCGACGUUCUGGACCCGGGUGCGCUCUUAGAGAGCAUGUGUCCUUCGUGCCGCGAGGCCCGAAGCUAUGUUGAAGCAGCCCUGAGGCAGGAGGCAUUGCGCGACGAGUUCCAGAUCGCGCGACUGACAGAGCAGUUGGAGCAUAGUGGCGUCGGCUACUGGAUUCACAGUUGUGAGAAGAAUUCCACGUGCUCUCUGGAGGGCCUGGGUAUGAUUGAUCAUGGCAGCGGCAGUUGGGCAGAGUACACUAUUUGGGAUCCUGCGCGACACGAUCCUGCGAUGUGCUUUUGGGAUACGUUCCCCAAGAUGUGCAAACUUGUUGGACACCUCCGAGGGAGCGGCUUGCCAAUGACUCGGUUGGGUGUGUCGGAGGUUCACCCUCCCAGAACCUACAUUCCAAGGCACAGCAGUCCUCAGCAGGGGCGCUUCCGUCUUCAAUGCCCGCUGGUUGUGCCUCUUGGCUCCAAGUCGCGGCUUAUCUUUCGCGGCCACCACGAGAUCGCCUAUGGCUCUUCGCGAGCAGGCGACUGCUUCUGGUUUGACGAGUCCUUCGAGCACGAGGUUGACUAUCGGGGACGCUCAGCCCGUGCCAGCCUUCUCCUCGAUGUGCCUCACCCGGCGCUCCUCGCCGAGCUGCGGCGCCUGCGAGAUCCGAGCGAGGACAACGGCAGCAGACUUCUGACUCUGGAGCUCGAGGCGCCAAGCUCGCCGCGCUACUGGGCGCUGCUCUGGGGGCCGAUGGCUGCCUUGGCCAGGCAGCUGGGGCUGCAUGCUGCGCUCCCCCAGACGCAGGCUGGAGCUCAAGCUAUAGAGCCCAGGCUCCAGGGCUGAAGCCCCCGUGAUAUUCCAGCGCCAGGACGCCUUCGCCAGCCGGUUGGGACGCGUGUUUGCUCCUCACUGACCAUCUUCGACGAGUACCACAAGCCCGUGCACAGUAUGUGCCCACAUCUUCGAAGGGCAAGAUGCGCGCCGGGAGUGGGCUCCAGCAAGUCACCUUGUCUCGAGACAUAUACGGAUCCAUCGACCGAGCCAAGGCGCGCUCUGCAGCUUCACACUCGUGGACCACACCUCGUUGGGCAGGAUCUCUGCGGCGGCUGCCCCCUGCGCCGUGUGCACUCGCUGUUUCUAUCACCGCUGCUGCUGCGCUCAAUGGCUACGAUAGCUGUAAUGCUACUCUAUUGGACUCUGGACGACACCAGUGGACUCCAUUGGCCUCCUCGGACUCCAUCAGCCUCC